GUUAACCUGUUGGGGGUUUCAGUUGUCUGAUAUUCACGGAAUCUCCGGUCUAGUUGUCAUGGGGGUGCAGGGACUGUGGAGGCUGCUUGAGAGCACAGGGAAACCCGUCAACCCCGAGACUCUGGAAGGAAAGAUCCUUGCUGUCGACAUCAGUAUAUGGCUGAACCAGGCAGUGAAGGGAGUGAGAGACCGGGAUGGAAACAGCGUGCAGAACGCCCACCUCCUCACCCUCUUCCACCGCGUCUGCAAGCUGCUGUUCUUCCGCAUCAGGCCAGUGUUUGUGUUUGAUGGGGACGCCCCGCUGCUGAAGAAGCAGACUCUUGCUCUGAGGAGGCAGAGGAAAGAGGAGCUGAGUCUGGAGUCCAAACAGACCAAUGAGAAACUCCUCAAGACAUUCUUGAAGAGACAAGCUAUUAAAGCUGCACUAGGAGACCACAGUAAGGACCCUCUCCCCAGCCUCUCCAGUGUGAGGCGAGAUGAGGUGGACGACAUGUACAUUCUGCCGGCGCUGCCAGAGGCAGAUGAAAAGGACAAAAGCAGUUCAGAAGAGGAGGAAGAAGAGGAGAAAGAGUCGGGGGAGACAGAAGAUAACUUUCAAAUGUAUCAGGGAGAAUUGUAUCAAGAUCCCAACUCAGUGGAUAUCAACUCUGAGGAGUUUUCCUGCCUGCCUUCUGAAAUGAAACACGAGAUACUCAAAGAGAUGAAAGAGUUUUCCAAGAGACGCCGGACCAUGUACCACAAACCUCCUGAGCGUUCUGGAGACUUCUCGCAGUACCAGCUUGCAGGCCUGCUGCAGAGGAAUAAGCUAAACCAGCGUCUGGUUGGAGUGGAGAAAGAGAUGAGACAGCAGAGUGCUGGCAGUGCUCCACAGCUCUACAAUGAGGACGGGGACACACAAAGUCACAACGUAGAGUCUCAGAGACUGGUCUCUGAAGACCAUUCCCAUUACAUCCUUAUUAAAGGCUCUAAAAAGAAUGAGACGGUCCCCGAGAGCCGACCUGCAGCUGACCCCUGGUCUGGGAGCUCUCUGUCCGGCUGGAAAAGACCAGUAGCGGGCAGACCAGAGCCUCUGUGGCGUCCUGCUGGUGAGGAAGAGGGGAAAGUCCAAGUUCCCUCCUCAAAGGAGGUCAAACCCUCUGUCUCAAAACCUUCUGAGGAGGACACGUCACCACCCUCACCUCGCACGCUGGAGGCUAUCCAGUCUGCAAUCUACGCUAGCUCAGACGAGGAGAAGACGGAGCAGGAUAAAGGGGACGCAAAUGUGUCUCCACGUACCCUGCUGGCCAUCCAACAAGCUCUAUCUGAGGAUGAUGCUCCUACCAAACACAGGACUCUAAUCAGCAGUGCAUCCACCAAGCGGCAGGUAGAUCUUAAAGUUCCUGUGGUCAUCAGCAGCAGCUCAGACGAAGAGAUGGAACAAGACAAAGUGAAGUCUCCAUCUCUAGAAAAAUCGGAUUAUGUAGGGAGCACAUCAGGCCAAAGUUCACAUGUGCAGGAUAGUUUGUUUGUGAGCACUUAUGAAGAUGAGAUUGAGGAAGUGAUUGGUCAGAGAAAUAAAGCACUCCGCUCUGCAGCGCUGCAACAACCAAAGGAGAAGGCAGGAGAGGAUGCAAAGAAAGGAGAGUUAACAGAGGAUGCAAGGAUAGGAAGUAGAGGAGAGACAGAGAAGAAAGAAGAAGAGCUGGAGAGAAGAGAAUCAGAGCAUGCGUUGAUCAGACAGAACAGAGAUUUGCUUCGACCACAGGCUGCUGCUACAUCAAAUCAGAAAGAAUUACCCUUCAGUCCCUCUGCUCAGAUAAGGGAAAAGCCUCUUGUUACAGAGACUAUGAUACCUCCUGAUGAUGUAAAACCAGAGGCCGGUGAGGAGAGUGAGUCAGAAGAGAGCUUCAUCGUGGUGUCAGAGGAAGAAGAGGAUGAAGAUGAUUCCCCUGUGAUGAUUAGAGAAAAAGGAUCUCCAGAUAAAGCCAAGGCAGUUGUGACAAAGACAGAAGACAAACUGGUGGAAUGUUUGACGGAGGCUCAAAGUGAACCGAACGCUGCUGUGACAUCAGAAGAAGAAGAAGAGGAGGAGGAGGAGGAGGAGAGUCGGGCUGAAGAGGAAGAGCUGAAGGAUGAAAAAGAGACAGAGUCGAACUCAACUCCAGCCGUCAAUGAGUGGGAACACUUCGAUGUGGGUGAGCUGGAGGCAAUGGAGAGCUCUCUGGAGGUGGAGCAGAACAACCUGAGGGAGCGGAAACAGCAGCAGGAGAGGAUGGCUAACACUGUCACUGGACAGAUGUACCUGGAGAGUCAGGAGCUGCUGCGGCUGUUCGGCAUCCCGUUCCUGGUGGCUCCGAUGGAGGCGGAGGCUCAGUGUGCUGCGCUCGACCGCGCUGACCACACAAACGGCACCAUCACAGACGACUCUGAUGUGUGGCUGUUCGGAGGACGACACGUCUACAAGAACUUCUUCAGCCAGAACAAAUAUGUCGAACACUUCCAAUUCAGCGACAUGCAUAACCAGCUGGGUCUGGACAGAACUAAACUGAUCAACUUGGCUUAUCUGCUGGGGAGUGACUACACGGAGGGCAUUCCUGGUGUGGGAUAUGUGACCGGCAUGGAGAUACUAAAUGAGUUUCCUGGGCCCGGCCUCGAGCCGCUCAUACAGUUCAGUAACUGGUGGUCCGAGGCUCAGGAGAAAAAGCAUCUGGUUUCUAAUCCUCGGGACACGAAGGUUAAGAAGAAGUUGAGAGCUCUCAAACUGCAGACGGGGUUUCCCAGCCCUGCAGUGGCUCAGGCUUACCUUCAGCCUGCUGUGGACCAGUCAGACAGCUCCUUCAGCUGGGGACGCCCACAACUCGACAUGAUCAAAGAGUUCUGUCUGAGUCGUUUUGGUUGGAGCAGUCGAAAGACCGAGGAGACUCUUCAGCCUGUAAUCAAGCAGCUCCAGAGCCAGCAGACUCAGUUGCGGAUCGACUCAUUCUUCCGCAUGGAGCAACAGGAGAAGCAGACGAUCCGCAGUCAGCGUCUCCGUCGAGCCGUCACCUGCAUGAAGAGGAAGAAGAAAGAAGGAGGAGAGGAGGACGAGGAGGACAGUGAGGAGGAAACGCCUUCCCCAUCCAAAUCCAAGAAGGGAAGGACAGCAAGUGAGAGUCCGCUGAAAGGAGCAGGAGUAGAGAGGGGUGAGGAGAAGAGGCCUGCAGCAGGAGGAGGAUUUCUGGGGUCAGAAGUACAUGUUGAACCUUCUGUUACAUCUCAGAAGGAAGUAAGCCGCAGCAUCCAGGAGUCCCUCUCAGUCAAAGCCCCUCAGUCUAGUAAGACUCCAACACAGAGGGCCAGUAGGAGGAGCAGCAGCUCCAGCGAGGACAGCGAUGAUGGCGGUGAUGAAGUUGCUAUGGUUACAGCCCGAUCGGUGUUCGACGGCAGCAGACGAGGCCGAGGGGGAAAAAAUACAAGGGGAAGGGGAAAUAUGAGAGGAAAAGGCAGGGGGAGGAAGACAAAAGAAAAAAACUGAACUUCACACUGUCAUAAAAAAAAGUUCUUUGAUAUUUCAUUUGAUAUGUAAAUGUGAAUAUGUCCAUGAAUCAUGAGGUCAUUUGUACUGAUUAAUUGAGCUUUUCUAUUAAUGUGACUGAUGAUAUUUGGACAAAGACUGAAGAUAUUUUGCAUUAAAUGUGUCCCGCUGUGACAUUGAAA